AUGACAAAAGAGUUCGUCAUAUUAAAAGUUCUAACAUCCUGCAAUAGAAUAAUCGAAUCUGCAUUAAUCAAGCCAAAUACCGAAAUGUUAUUUUUGACAAAAACAAGAAGUUUCGUGAACAAGGAAAGAGAAAAUUGGAGCAGAGAAUAUCGUUGUCAAGAUGUCAAAAAUUGUCUCGAUGAUAUUUUAAAAUACGAAUCAAAAGAAAAAUUGCCUAUGAUAAAUGGAGAAUAUGCUAUUGGCAUAACACAAAAUUUCCAUUUUACAUAUUACAAUCAUCGUCGACAUAUCAAAAACCAACGAAAUUCAUGUUUUUGUUUGAAGAAGAAAUUUAAUGAUUCUGACGUUCUCCAGUUAAAGUUCGUUUCAGAAAGAAACAGGUACGUGAAUAAUCAUGAGUAUUGUGAUGAAAUGAAGAUGUAUGCUGAAAGAAGAGCUUUCUUGUUCAACAAUGGAUCGUCGAUCUUUUUGCGCCCUUUGGCGCCAAUUUAUCAUUCUUGGAAGUUUUCCAAAAAAUUUUGUCCUUCGGCAAAAUACCAUACUUCGUGUAUUCAAAAUUCGAUAUUAAAAUUUUAUUCUUCUAUGAAAAAUCCAUUCUAUGAAAAAUCUUUAUGUAAAGAUUUAUGCAAGACUGAAGCAAGAUUUUAUUCCAAGAAUAUUCGUAAUUAUUCCAAAAAAUCUCCUUGUGAUAAGUCAAAAUUAAAAGAUUGUGAUAAGAUAAAACUUGAAAAAUUUGCGAAACAAGAAAUUCCUAAAUGCUGUUCCGAAGAUCCUUAUGCCUGUAAAAAGCCUGAACAUAUGCAAGAAUGUAUCAAACCUAUAACAAAAUGUUUACCACCCGUUGGUGAUACUUCAUUCAUAUGUACAUCAACUUCUUGUCCAAAUAUAGAAGAUUUUUGUCCUCCUGAAGUGUAUGGUCACGAAGAAAAGAUUUGGCAAAUAUUAUCUGCCAUUGGAUUGCUUUCAGUAGCAAUUAUGUCGUGUUACGUUUACUCCAAGAGUAAGGAUUGGGAUAAGGAAGAAAGACCUGAAUUCCGUGAUGUCCCUUAUAUGCGGCGAAUAGUUAAGCCUUUCCCAUGGGGUGAUGGCAAGCACACCUUGUUUCAUAAUCCUAAAAGAAAUCCAAUAUCUCCGCACGGUUACGAAGAAAAUAAAAAUCCAAAAAAAAAUUAGAAGAAUCACAUAGUAAGAAAGUAAUACAUAAGACAAGAAAAACAAAAUUAUUUUUAUCUUUUAUAAAAAUUCGUCAUGAAAUAAAUAAUUUACUAACAUUAAAUUUAAUUUAAAACAUGCA